CGAUGCCAGCGCCAGCCUUUCCCGAGCGAGGACCGGUUACAGAGAGCCUUUAAGUCCCACAGGAGGGCAUUUCCAGGACUGAAAUCCCACCAAGAGGAAAAAGCCUCAAGACCAGCAGGAUGGCAGGAGCUUCUGUAAAGGUGGCGGUGCGGGUGCGUCCUUUCAACUCUCGAGAAAUAGGAAAGGAUUCCAAAUGUAUAAUACAGAUGACAGGAAACACCACAACUAUCAUUAAUCCAAAGCAGCCCAAAGAGACACCCAAAAGUUUCAGCUUUGACUAUUCCUAUUGGUCUCAUACAACUCCUGAGGAUAUCAACUAUGCCUCUCAAAAGCAGGUAUACCAGGAUAUUGGAGAAGAGAUGCUGCAGCAUGCAUUUGAAGGUUAUAAUGUCUGCAUCUUUGCUUAUGGCCAGACUGGGGCUGGCAAGUCCUAUACAAUGAUGGGCAGGCAGGAGAAGGACCAACAAGGCAUCAUUCCCCAGCUAUGUGAAGACCUCUUUUCCCGAAUAAAUGACACAACGAAUGACAACAUGUCCUACUCAGUGGAGGUAAGCUACAUGGAAAUAUACUGUGAACGUGUACGUGACCUCCUGAACCCCAAGAAUAAAGGAAAUCUGAGGGUGAGAGAGCACCCACUCCUUGGGCCAUAUGUUGAAGAUCUAUCAAAACUAGCUGUCACAUCCUAUAAUGACAUCCAGGACCUGAUGGACUCAGGAAACAAAGCCAGGACGGUGGCUGCCACCAACAUGAAUGAAACCAGCAGCCGCUCACAUGCUGUCUUCAAUAUAAUCUUCACUCAGAAACGGCAUGAUGCUGAAACUGACAUCACUACUGAGAAGGUCAGCAAAAUCAGUUUGGUGGAUCUUGCUGGCAGUGAACGGGCUGACUCUACAGGAGCCAAAGGCACAAGGCUGAAGGAGGGAGCAAACAUCAAUAAAUCACUAACAACCCUGGGGAAGGUGAUUUCUGCUCUGGCUGAGAUGGAUUCAGGACCAAAUAAGAAUAAAAAGAAGAAAAAGACAGACUUUAUUCCAUAUAGAGACUCUGUACUUACUUGGCUUCUCCGAGAAAAUCUAGGUGGUAAUUCUCGAACUGCUAUGGUUGCUGCUCUCAGCCCUGCUGACAUCAACUAUGAUGAGACCCUCAGCACCUUAAGGUAUGCUGACCGUGCUAAACAGAUCAGGUGCAAUGCUGUCAUUAAUGAAGAUCCUAACAACAAGCUGAUUAGAGAACUGAAGGAUGAAGUGGCUCGUCUGAGAGACCUCCUGUACGCCCAGGGCUUGGGAGACAUCAUUGACAACAUAUCCGACUUUGAGAACAAUAAUGAUAAUCGUAGAGUGGCAGAUAUGAGUCAUCGCCAUGACAAUCUCUCCACAGUGACCAAUGCCUUGGUAGGAAUGAGCCCAUCCUCCUCCCUCUCAGCCUUAUCCAGCCGAGCUGCUUCAGUCUCCAGUCUUCAUGAACGGAUCAUGUUUGCUCCGGGUAGUGAAGAGGCCAUUGAGAGGCUGAAGGAAACUGAAAAGAUCAUUGCUGAGCUGAAUGAAACAUGGGAAGAAAAACUGCGUAGGACAGAAGCAAUACGUAUGGAGAGGGAAGCUUUGCUUGCUGAAAUGGGAGUAGCCAUGAGAGAAGAUGGUGGUACUCUUGGGGUGUUCUCUCCUAAGAAGACACCACAUCUGGUAAAUCUAAAUGAGGACCCACUGAUGUCUGAGUGCCUUCUAUACUACAUUAAAGAUGGGAUAACCAGGGUUGGUCGAGAGGAUGCUGAGAGGAGGCAGGACAUUGUCCUAAGUGGACACUUCAUCAAAGAAGAGCACUGCAUUUUCCGAAGUGACACCAAGGCUGGCAGUGAAGCAGUGGUGACCCUGGAACCUUGUGAGGGGGCUGACACCUAUGUCAAUGGCAAGAAAGUAACAGAACCUAGCAUCUUGAGAUCAGGAAAUCGUAUAAUCAUGGGGAAGAGCCAUGUGUUCCGAUUUAACCAUCCUGAGCAAGCACGGCAAGAGCGAGAGCGAACCCCUUGUGCAGAGACUCCUGCUGAACCAGUGGAUUGGGCUUUUGCACAGAGAGAAUUGCUGGAGAAACAAGGCAUCGACAUGAAGCAGGAGAUGGAACAGAGGCUUCAAGAAUUGGAAGAUCAAUAUCGAAAGGAAAGAGAGGAGGCUAAUUAUCUUCUGGAGCAGCAAAGGCUUGAUUAUGAGAGUAAAUUGGAGGCUUUACAGAAACAGAUGGACUCAAGAUAUUACCCUGAAGCUAAUGAGGAAGAGGAAGAGCCUGAAGAUGAAGUACAAUGGAGUGAGCGGGAGUUUGAACUGGCACUCUGGGCUUUCAGGAAGUGGAAAUGGUACCAGUUUACAUCUUUGCGAGAUCUGCUCUGGGGCAAUGCCAUUUUCUUGAAGGAGGCCAAUGCUAUCAGUGUGGAACUGAAGAAGAAGGUUCAGUUUCAAUUCGUGCUUCUCACAGACACUCUGUACUCCCCUCUGCCUCCGGACUUGUUGCCUCCCGAUGCUGCCAAAGACCGUGAGAAACGUCCUUUCCCAAGGACCAUUGUGGCUGUAGAGGUGCAGGAUCAGAAGAAUGGAGCAACACAUUACUGGACAUUGGAGAAACUCAGACAGAGGUUGGACCUGAUGCGAGAGAUGUAUGACCGGGCAGCUGAAGUACCCUCUAGUGUUAUAGAAGACUGUGACAAUGUGGUGACAGGCGGAGAUCCCUUUUAUGACCGCUUCCCUUGGUUCAGGCUGGUUGGCAGUUCAGAUAUCUCUGGCUGCAACAGCUCUCCUAUUUUCAACACAUGCAUGAGCGAGCGCAUGGCUGAUCUCACCCCCUCCCCCACCUUCUCGAACCCUGACUCCGACAUCACCGAGCCUGCUGACGAGCAGCACAUGGGGAAGGAGGAGGAGGAGGAGGACCUGGAGGAAGACAUCUUUCCGGAGUACCCACUGUAUGAUGGCCGGGAUCCAUUUUACGACCGCUCCCCCCUGUUCAGUUUAGUAGGAAGAGCCUUUGUGUAUCUCAGCAACUUGUUGUAUCCUGUGCCUCUGGUCCACCGUGUUGCCAUUGUCAGUGAGAAGGGGGAAGUUAAAGGAUUCCUGCGUGUGGCUGUUCAGGCUAUUUCAGCGGAUGAAGAAGCGCCAGAUUAUGGCUCUGGAGUCCGGCAGUCAGGAACAGCAAAAAUUUCCUUUGAUGACCAGCACUUUGAGAAGUUUCAGUCUGAGUCCUGUCCAGCAGUGGGAAUGUCUCGUUCUGGAACCUCUCAGGAGGAGUUGCGCAUUGUAGAGGGUCAGGGGCAAAUAACUGACAUGGGUCCAUCAGCAGACGAAGUCAACAACAACACCUGUGCAGCCACUCCAGAGGAUCUUCUUCUGGACAGUUCAGAAAAAUCUGCUAUGGAUGGGACUUUAGAGGCAGUCUUGGAUCACCUGAAGUUGGGUAGCAUCUUCACUUUCAGAGUGACUGUUCUGCAGGCAUCUAGCAUCUCAGCGGAAUAUGCAGACAUCUUCUGCCAGUUCAAUUUCAUCCACCGCCAUGAUGAGGCCUUCUCUACAGAACCCUUGAAGAACACAGGACGAGGGCCACCUCUUGGAUUCUACCAUGUUCAAAAUAUUGCAGUGGAAGUGACUAAAUCUUUUAUUGAGUACAUUAAGAGUCAGCCAAUUGUCUUUGAAGUAUUUGGACACUACCAGCAGCAUCCUUUCCCCCCUCUCUGCAAGGAUGUCCUCAGCCCCCUAAGACCAUCCCGACGUCAUUUUCCACGGGUCAUGCCAUUGUCCAAACCAGUGCCUGCAACAAAGCUGAGUGCCAUGACAAGGCCCAGCAUUGGGCCCUGCCAGUGCAAGUACGACCUGAUGGUCUUCUUUGAGAUCUGUGAGCUGGAGGCCAAUGGCGACUAUAUCCCUGCUGUUGUGGAUCACCGUGGAGGAAUGCCUUGCCAUGGAACAUUCCUGUUACACCAGGGAAUCCAAAGGAGAAUCACAGUCACCUUGGUGCAUGAGACAGGCAGCCACAUCCGCUGGAAGGAAGUACGAGAGCUGGUUGUGGGUCGGAUCAGAAACACCCCAGAAGGAGAUGAAUCCCUCAUUGACCCCAACAUCCUCUCUCUGAAUAUACUGUCUUCAGGAUACAUCCCCCCUUCCCAGGAUGAUCGGCAGUUUCUUGAUUCGGAUAUGCCUAGGACAUUUUAUCAGUUUGAAGCAGCAUGGGAUAGCUCCAUGCACAACUCUCUUCUGUUGAAUCGAGUGACUCCAUACAGAGAGAAGAUCUACAUGACACUCUCAGCAUACAUUGAGAUGGAGAACUGCACUCAGCCAGCAGUGAUAACCAAAGACUUCUGCAUGGUUUUCUACUCCAGAGAUGCCAAACUACCUGCAUCUCGAUCCAUCCGCAACCUCUUUGGGAGUGGAAGUCUACGUGCCUCGGAAAGUAACCGUGUGACUGGUGUCUAUGAGCUCAGCCUUUGCAGGGUGGCUGAUGCUGGCAGCCCAGGGAUGCAAAGAAGGCGAAGGCGUGUACUUGACACAUCUGUAGCAUACGUGCGAGGCGAGGAGAACCUGGCAGGCUGGAGACCACGCAGUGACAGUCUUAUCUUGGAUCACCAGUGGGAACUGGAGAAGCUCAGCCUUCUGCAGGAAGUUGAGAAAACAAGACACUAUCUGCUCCUGCGUGAGAAGCUGGAAACAACUCAGCGCUCAGGACUGGAUUCCCUGUCGCCAAGCUCCAGUGAAGACUCUGAUUCCCGUAGUACAUCUUAUGUCUCAUCUCCCAUCUCAGCAGAUGGGACCCCAGAGGGAAGGGCUUUACCACUGGACACACCCAGUGAGAGGCAGAAAGAACUUGCAGUCAAGUGCUUGCGCCUCCUUACUCACACAUUCAACAGAGAGUACAGCCACAGCCAUGUUUGUGUAAGCGCCAGUGAGAGCAAGCUGUCUGAAAUGUCUGUGACUCUGUUGAGAGACCCCUCCAUGCCAGCCCUUGGAGGUACUACUUUGACCCCCUCCUCCACCUGCCCGUCACUGGUUGAAGGACGGUACAAUGCCACAGAGGCCAGAACCGUCCAGCUCUCUCCCAGGUUGGAAAGUCCUGACCUUGAGUCUAUGAUUGAAGGAGAAUUGAAGAAAUCUCCUACCUGCGGACUUGAGGAUGAAAAAGAAACUCAGCGCUUAUUGGUCCCUGAUAUUCAAGAGAUUCGGGUCAGCCCCAUUGUCUCCAGAAAAGGUUACAUACAUUUCCUGGAGCCCCACACAAAUGGCUGGGUGAAACGCUAUGUGGUUGUGAGGCGCCCUUAUGUCUACAUCUACAAUAGUGACAAGGACUCUGUGGAAAGGGCUGUCCUGAACCUCUCGUCAGCUCAGGUGGAAUACAGCGAGGACCAGCAGGCAAUGCUGAAAACACCCAACACAUUCGCAGUGUGCACAGAGCAUCGUGGAAUCCUGUUGCAGGCAAGCAGUGACAAGGAUAUGCAUGACUGGCUGUAUGCAUUUAACCCACUCCUGGCUGGAUCAAUAAGAUCCAAACUGUCUAGACGGAGAACAGCUCAGACAAGAAUUUAGCCUCAAAAUGCCCCCGCCCCAACUUUCAAACAGGAUUGAGAUAAUGGGUGCUCUCUGAAGGUCCCCAUCUUAAAUUUGGAUCUCUCCUGUCCUCCCAGAGACCUGCUCCACAGCGUUACAGCUCCAUCUCAAGUUACAGCUUCAUUGGCAAAACUAAUUCUAUGGUACCUUUAGAAGCCUGGCACACCCUGGCUAUGAUGAAUUCUUCUGCACAUGUGAUCUUCCACCCAUCUCUGUAUUGGGUGACCUAGGUGACAUAUGACCAGUAACAAAGCAAGAGCUGUUUAAUUAUUAUUAUUUAUUUUUAAGGCAACAUUUUCAAGAGGCAGGAAUUUGUUUAAGCUUGAAGGGUGCAAAUCAUGUGGAAUUAUUAUUGAAAGGAGAUGGAAGCUAUAGGAUUGUGUACUGAUCAUUCAUAACUUAUUGACAUUUUCAAAAUUACUUACUAGAGCAAGAAAGAGUAGUAUGGGAUUAUAUUUAUAAAGUAUUUAUUUGUAUUAUGUCACUGAAAAUGUACAUUAUAUUUAUUUCUCAUAUUUACACACAUACAUUGUGCUGCUUCCCAUUUUUUUGGUAAAGAAAAAAGGUGAAAAAAGCUAGCCAGUGGAGCAAAAGGAAAGGGCCCUGUCUGCCAUUUUGAGAUGUUACCUUUAUGAUGUUUACAUUUGGUUGUUUGUUUUUUAUAGUGUAAUCCUCUGCAGAAUUAUUCCAGUCUACGUCAAUUUGCUUUAAACUGGAGAAACUCAGCAUAAUAGUGCUCUGUUAAGGAGCAAUCACACAAUUUGGAUGUAAGUCCCAUGUUACUGAAUGGGGCUUAUUCCCAGGAAAGCGUUCAUAGGAUUGCAGCUUUAAUCACCUAGUCUGCUGCUGUUUUAUUUCAAUCUUGGGUCAACUGUAGAUGUAACAUUCCCCCACCUUUUCUUAAAAAAAGAAAAGCAGCUUCAGGAGGCUAUAAUCUGGAGUGAA